AUGUCAGGCUCGAAAAUCUCUCUUUCGCCUCCCCUCCCUGUCUCCAUUCUGGUUGAUUCGCUUCUUCCUUCGCGCAAGCGCUUGGUUCGCCCCUUUUCUUUUGUGUUGCAUUUUUUUGUGAUCCUCCGCUUCAGUUUGCGUUUUUCGGAUAGCCGGGAUCCGACGUUGAUUUCCUAUUUAUUUGUCAGCUCCAUGUUUUGGGCGGCCCAUCUGGUUAGUUCAGCUAUCACUGCUGGAAUGCGGUUGUUCGGCUGCGUCGGCUUCGUGCAGAUAGAUGUUUGCCGGGGGAGAUUGGUGCUCCUGAGUUUACCUUCGACGAGGAAUCCUUUGGCUGACACCUUUCAAUGGAAUUCGUUUCCACCGCUUGACUUGCGCUCGCUACCGAAAAAGAAUUGUUUUACACAACGCUACCAGGCUUGGCUUACGUUCCUGACUAGUCAGGUAAAGGGGGGGCAGCUGUAG